UCCAGACUGGGCUCGCUGGGGGUGCCCAGACGACCAUGCGAGAUAAAGACUGAGGGCCAGGAAGGGGAAGCGAGCCCGCUGAGAGGUGGCGGGGGGCCAUCCACGCCCAGGGCAACCGCGGCCGCGCUCCGCCGCUCGACGCCUCGCGCGGUCCCCGGGGCAGCCCGGCCGGGCGGGGAUGCCGGGUCUGGGGCACAGGGCGCGGUGGCUGUGCUGGUGGUGGGGGCUGCUGUGCGGCUGCUGCGGGCCCCUGCCGCUGCGCCCUGCCCUGUCCGCCGCCGGGGCGCAGCUGCGGGGGGACGGCGGGAGCCCCGCGCGCACGGAGCAGCUGCCGCCGCCGCAGUCCUCGUCCUCGGGCUUCCUCUACCGGCGGCUCAAGACGCACGAGAAGCGAGAGAUGCAGAAGGAGAUCCUGUCGGUGCUGGGGCUCCCGCACCGGCCGCGGCCCCUGCACGGCCUCCAGCAGCCGCAACCGCCCGCGCUCCCGCAGCAGCAGCAGCAGCAGCAGCAGCAGGCGCCCCGCGGGGAGCUCCCUCCCGGGCAGCUGAAGUCCGCACCCCUCUUCAUGCUGGAUCUGUACAACGCACUGUCCGCCGAUGACGACGAGGACGGGGCAUUGGAGGGGGACCCAAGGCACCGAGACCCCCACGGGGGGGCCGGCUCGUCCCAGCUCCGGCUGUCGCCGCCCGCAGCCGCACACCCGCUCCUGCGCAAGAGCCUCCUGGCCCCGGGUCCCAGCGGCGGCGCGUCCCCGCUGGCCAGCGCGCAGGACAGCGCCUUCCUCAGCGACGCCGACAUGGUCAUGAGCUUUGUGAACCUGGUGGAGUACGACAAGGAGUUCUCCCCUCGCCAGCGACACCACAAAGAGUUCAAGUUCAACUUAUCCCAGAUUCCUGAGGGUGAGGCGGUGACGGCUGCUGAAUUCCGCAUCUACAAGGACUGUGUUGUGGGGAGUUUUAAAAACCAAACUUUUCUUAUCAGCAUUUAUCAAGUCUUACAGGAGCAUCAGCACAGAGACUCCGACCUGUUCUUGUUGGACACCCGCGCCGUGUGGGCCUCGGAAGAAGGCUGGCUGGAAUUUGACAUCACGGCCACUAGCAACCUGUGGUUGGUGACCCCGCAGCACAACAUGGGGCUCCAGCUGAGCGUGGUGACGCGGGACGGGCUCCACAUCAACCCCCAUGCCGCGGGCCUGGUGGGCAGAGACGGCCCCUACGACAAGCAGCCCUUCAUGGUGGCCUUCUUCAAGGUGAGCGAGGUCCACGUGCGCACUGCCAGGUCAGCCCCGGGCCGGCGCCGCCAGCAGAGUCGCAAUCGUUCCACCCAGGCCCAGGACGUGUCCCGGGUCUCCAGCGCUUCCGAUUACAACAGCAGUGAACUAAAAACAGCCUGCAGGAAGCAUGAGCUUUAUGUGAGCUUCCAAGACCUGGGGUGGCAGGACUGGAUCAUUGCACCCAAGGGCUACGCUGCCAAUUACUGUGACGGAGAAUGCUCCUUCCCGCUCAAUGCACACAUGAACGCCACCAACCACGCCAUCGUGCAGACCCUGGUUCACCUUAUGAAUCCUGAGUACGUCCCCAAACCAUGCUGUGCACCGACUAAACUAAAUGCCAUCUCCGUUCUUUACUUUGAUGACAACUCCAAUGUCAUCUUGAAAAAAUACAGAAAUAUGGUUGUGAGAGCUUGUGGAUGCCAUUAACUCAAAACCAGCUGCUGGGGCACUCGUUCUACCCUGGAGUCCCGGAUUACACCUGCCUUAAAAACUAGAACAAUAAAAUAGCCAUGCAGUGGAAGUGGGAGGAGACUUGGAAGCAUCUCAUGCUGGUGCCUUAUGAGCUGCCCAUGGAAGAUGUCCAAAGGACCUCGCUAAUAGCCUGCUCACUUCGUAAAUGUGUGAGUAGAUGCUGGUCUGUAGGGAAUGGAAUUGGAAUGUUUGGAGUGAGAGACCUGGGAACAGCAGAAACACAACUUUGAGGCCCCCUCCUGCCCCUCAAAUUAGUCUUAGCUUUAUAUCAAGCUGUAUUGUUACUACGAAAAAUAUUCUUGGAGGAGUGUAAGUAUUCUUGGAAGCAGCACCGGCUGCCUCAGUAGGAUCUGUCAAAGUAGAGUUGAGAGGUGGGGGCAAAUUCUGAUCAGAUCGGUAGCGUGGACUCGCAGGGCUCCCAAAGGUGCCUCUGUCUCAUGUUUGCUCCGUGUCUGCGCUAGUGUCACUAGGGCCAAGUGUACUGAUUUCAGGCAAAACAAAUCAUCCCAGUUUCACACCUCUGUCCCCCCCCCCCAUUUUUUGCUACAACUGAAAGCAGAGCAACUGAUUCUGAGGCUGUACCGGCUGCAGAGUCUUUGCAGUGGCUCUCAUUUUAACCGAGUCACCUCUGCAAGCAAGGCCACACCCAUCCUGUGCGCAUGGGCUUUGCCCGGGCCCUCGGAGCACUGGCUCCAGUGUCUUAUCUAUCCCUUAGCGCGGUUCUCUGGCCCCAUACAGCGUCAGGCGCUGCAGGGUGAGGGCUCCUGAGGGAAAUCAACCUGUCCCAGCAGUGGGUUCCUGCAGAGGAGCGUGCUGUUUAUGAAUGAACCGAAAUCACAAUGUUCUCCUUAGAAAAAUAAGAUUCAGAUUAAAUCUUAGCAUAUUUUUAAAAUGUCUUUUUCACAAUCAUGUACUGGGAAACCAAUUUCAUACUAAACUGAUUAAAUAAUGCAUUUAUAAUCUACAA